GUUCCUUUUGCCCUAUAAUCUCUUUCAAAGAAAAAACAAAAACUUCAUAUUCUAAACACUUUGUGGCAUUUCCACAAACACCUCAUCUCCAUCAUCCAUGGAAGCUCUUACCUCACUUCACCACCGUCACCAACCUCUAUAUUCCUCCAUCUACCCUUCUCUAUCAUCAUCAACCACCUCUUCACUCUUUCUCUCACAAUCCUCACCAUCAUCCUCUUCCAUCAGAGCUUCAUCGCCUUCCUCUGACUCCCUUCAAAUUCUUCAACACCCAGAACCCAAAACCCCUCAAUUCCCCAACCCUCUUCUACAAAUUCCAAAUCUUGACCCUCCUCUUCAUGAAUCAGAAUCCAAAUCUCAAUUUUUCAACCCUAAUUGUAAUUUUCCAAACGUUCCCAAUCAAGAUCCUGAACCUAAAUCCCCUCAAUUUCUUAACCCUAUUCGUAAAUUUCCCUCUUUUGUGACAGUUACUGCAGCUGCAUCAGCUUUUCUCUUUCUGGGUUGUUGUCAAAACGGGUUUAACAAACCAAUUACACCACUUUCCUCAGUUGUUUCCAUUGAGGAAAAAAGCGAUUUUGAGGAAUUUUCUGAGAGUAAACCAGAUAAUGUUCAUGUUCAAUCUGUUUUACAUUUGAAACUGAAGGAGAAAGUCCGCGUUGUGCAUAGUUUCAAGAAAGUCAAAACUGAUGAUGAUGAGGCAUGGCAAGUGUUGAGAGGAGAGGUUUAUAGCUGCAGUGAGAAUUUGGAGUUGAUCAAGGUUGGAUUUGAAGAAAUAUUAGAGAAAGACAUGGAUUGUAACAAGGUUCAUCAAAAUCGGGUUCUCGAGUAUCUUGAAAUGAUUGAUCAAUGUAGUAGCUUGUUGAAGGGUAUUAAGGUUUCUAUGGAUAGAUGUGAGAGGGAAGAUGGAGAUAUAAAUCGGUACCUGAGAUUCUUCGGCAAGGUUGUCGAUCAAAUUAGGGUCUUGGAAGGAGACAUGGUUGGUGCUUUGAAGUAUUUUAAGCAGCUUGAACAAGGAAAUUUGAAUUGAUGUGUAUUUGAUAAUCACCAAAGAAGAUAUUUUUGAGGUUUUCAAUCAGUUUCAACCUUCAACUAUUACUUUUACUACUUUUGUUAUAUGAUGUGUUAGUUUUAAAAUAGUGGUUUUUUAAGAUAUGAAGCACAUGUAUAUAAUUAGGUGCUGAACAUUUAGUUAUGAGAAGCAUAGAAUCUUUGUUGCUGUAUUA